AUGGCCACCGUGGCACCACGAAUUGGCGACACCAAGGUGCCCAUGUCGUUGCUCGAAAAGGGCGCAUAUAUCAACUACCAGCGCAUCGAGGAUAACUUGGCCAUUGUACGCGAAAGACUUGGACGACCACUGACGCUGUCGGAGAAAAUCCUGUACGGUCAUUUGGACGACCCCCAUGGUCAGGAUAUCGAGAGGGGAGUAAGCUACCUCAAACUGAGGCCAGAUCGUGUUGCCUGCCAAGAUGCCACGGCGCAGAUGGCUCUUCUACAAUUUAUGUCUGCCGGGAUGGACACGGCAGCAGUUCCUACCACCGUCCACUGUGACCAUCUCAUCGAGGCCCAGGUUGGCGGUGUCAAGGAUCUUGCGCGCGCAAUCAGCAUUAACAAGGAGGUGUACGACUUUUUGGCAACUGCUACGGCCAAGUAUGGUCUUGGUUUCUGGAAACCCGGCUCUGGUAUCAUCCAUCAAAUCAUUCUGGAAAACUACGCUUUCCCUGGUGGAUUGAUGAUCGGCACUGACUCACAUACACCCAAUGCUGGUGGACUUGGAAUGAUUGCUUGUGGUGUUGGAGGUGCUGACGCGGUCGACGUUAUGGCUGGCAUUCCCUGGGAAUUGAAGUGUCCCAAGGUCAUCGGUGUAAACCUGACAGGCAAGAUUGGUGGAUGGACCACUCCCAAGGAUGUCAUCCUCAAGGUCGCUGGCAUUCUUACGGUCAAGGGCGGUACUGGUGCUAUCGUUGAAUAUAGAGGUCCUGGUUUAGAAUCCCUUUCUUGCACGGGUAUGGCCACGAUUUGUAACAUGGGUGCGGAAAUUGGCGCGACUACGUCCAUGUUCCCCUUCAACAGUCGAAUGACGGAUUACUUGAAUGCUACCAAACGGUCGGAAAUUGCGAAAUAUGCUUCUCGAUUUGCUCACAACUUGAAGGCUGAUGAAGGGUGCCGAAUACGAUCAGAAACACAGAAUCUAUCUGAGCUCGAACCCCAUAUUAACGGUCCUUUCACUCCCGAUCUUGCUACUCCCCUUUCGCAAUUCGCCUCUGAGCUCAAAGUCGGUCUCAUUGGUUCUUGUACCAACUCUUCGUAUGAAGAUAUGUCACGUUCUGCUUCCAUUGCCAAUGAAGCUGCAAGCCACGGUCUGACAAUCAAGAGCAAGUUCACGAUUACUCCUGGUUCAGAACAGGUCCGUGCUACCAUCGAACGUGAUGGUCAGAUCAAGGCUUUCGAGGAUGUUGGCGGUGUUGUUCUUGCGAACGCUUGUGGACCCUGUAUUGGCCAAUGGGACAGGAAGGAUGUUCCCAAGGGUACACCCAACUCUAUCAUAACUUCCUACAACCGAAACUUCACGGGCCGUAACGAUGCUAACCCUGCUACCCACGCCUUUGUUGCAUCACCUGAUAUUGUCACUGCCAUGGUGUUCGCUGGCUCACUCUCUUUCAACCCUACCACUGACAGUCUCAUCGGAUCCGAUGGAAAGCCCUUCAAGUUCUCUGACCCCUCCGGAAACGAACUUCCUCCACGCGGAUAUGACCCAGGACAAGAUACCUUCCAGCCUCCUCCCGCGGACCGUGCUAGCGUUAGUGUAGCUGUUGACCCCAAGAGCGACCGUCUCCAGCUAUUGCAACCGUUCCAACCUUGGGAUGGAAAGACCCCUUCUGACCUCCCUAUCCUGAUCAAAGUCAAGGGUAAAUGCACAACGGACCAUAUCAGUGCUGGUGGACCGUGGCUCAAAUACCGCGGACAUCUCCAGAACAUCUCUCAGAAUUGUCUGAUUGGUGCUAUCAACUCUGAGAACGGCGAGGCAAACAAGGUGAAGAACCAGAUCACUGGUGAAUGGGGUGGCGUUCCCCAGGUCGGCGCGUAUUACCGAGACCAUGGCAUCAAAUGGGUGGUUAUCGGCGACCACAACUACGGUGAAGGUUCCUCCCGUGAGCACGCUGCUCUCGAGCCUCGGUAUCUUGGCGGUCUCGCUAUCAUCGUGCGGUCGUUUGCCCGUAUUCACGAGACGAACUUGAAGAAGCAAGGCAUGUUGGCAUUGACGUUUGCGGACCCCGAGGAUUAUGAGAAGGUUAAGCCGAGUGACAAGGUUGAUAUUCUUGGAUUGGAUACGUUUGCGCCUGGGAAGAACUUGACGCUCGUGUUGAAGCACGAGGAUGGAAGCAAGGAGGAGAUCCCCCUCGCACAUUCUUUCAAUGAGGGACAGAUUGCAUGGUUCAUGGCUGGCUCGGCUCUUAACUUGAUGGCAGCCAAAGCUAAGGGCCUGUAG